UUCAUAUCUCUUUCGCUCUCUAUUAGCCGCCUCUCACUUUUGGAAGACCAAAACAGCUUGUUUUGUGAUCAAUGGAUUUCCACACCCUCACCAGGAAGGCUCUCCAGGCUCUGUGCAAGCAGAAUGGAAUCCCAGCUAACAUCACCAAUGUCGCCAUGGCCGAUUCUCUCUCUGCUCUUCAACAUGUUGAAGGACUUGAAGAGUUGUUGAACCAAUCUCCAGAGAAAGUUAUGAUUGGAUCAGCAAGUGUCUCUCGUACUGCGGCUAGAACCACCACUCGGAGAAAGGCCGUCAAUGAAGAGCCAGAGAGCUCACAGCCAUUGACUCGCACUACUAGGCGUGCUGCAACGAAGAAGACUGUUGUUGAAGAGGUGGACCAGGAAAAGACUGAGGUUCCACCUAAGACUCCUGCUGCUCCAAGCACCAGGAGGAGGGCUCCAGCGGCUUCAGCUCGCCAGAAGACGGAGACCCUAACUGAAACAACUUCUGUGCAGCGCGCUUAUAGCACCCGGCGAUCAGUGAGGUUGUUGGGGAAGACCAUGGCUAACAUGAGCCUGGAUAAGGAUAACACUAUGACUUCUAGCAUUGAUGAACUUUCUGCAGAUACCAUGGAUUGCUCAGAGCAAUCUGAGAGCUCAGUUGUUAAGGGAUCUGAUACGCAAACAGUAUCUGAGGGGACCUCAAAUGGACUUGAUGCUUCUGAAGUUUCGUCGGAGCUAAAAUCAAAUGGACAAGUUGUGGAUGAAAGUCUGUUGAAAGAGAGCAGGAUGGAUGUGACUGAAGAUGGUUCAAUGCAGAAAUCAGGAAUGGAAUCUGAGAUGUCUGCACCAAAGUCAGCUUCAGAUGUCAUUAUGAUUUCAGAGGUUAUGGGUGAAUCUAAUGAAGAGAGCUCAGCUGAGGAUAAGGAACCUCAUUGUGAAGGAGCACAAGAUUUGGUAGUUGCCAAAGAUUCUGAUCAUGUUGCGGCUGUUCAAUCUGCGCUGCCACAAGAAGUAAACGAACCUCCAAGUGCUGUGAAAACUGUUGAGCCCACUUCAUUGACUCUGAGUUCAACUCCUACCAAGAGCCCGGCAAGCAAGAGUUCUGAUGUGAAUGUGGCUGCCACUGUAAUAGAGCCUAAAGAAGCUCCCAAGGCUGAAGCAUUGGGUGAUUACAGUGGAAAAUUUGAUUUUGAAUCAGGUUCCAGCACGGAAGGAGAUUCUGAGGAUGAGGGCACUGAAGAUGAGGCAGUGGCUGAAGCUUCAUAUGAGCUUCAGGAUAACAUGAAUGAUACGAGGGAAGCAAAUGAAGAGGAAGAUUCUGAUUAUGAAAGCACUGAAGGAGAAUCUAGUGAAGAGGAAGACUCUGAUGAUGACAUCACCGAAGAAGAAUCUAGUGAGGAUGAGGCUGUUGCUGAUAAACCAGAAAAGCAAAGUGCUCAGAAGAGCUUGAUUGUUGAAAAUGCUGGUGCUAAUAUGAGUGAAGCAGCAGAAGUUGCCAAGGCAGAAGUCUUUGCCACGAUGACUAAGACAUUCUCACCUUUGCCGGUUAACCUUGCAACUCAGUUUCCUCGUCCAACUUCAGCAAAGUCUUCAGGCAAAAAGCGACCAGAAAUUGCAAUGUACAUCUCCGAUGACAAUGAGGAAAGCUUGGACACUAGCACUGAGAUGGACAAGGACGAGGACCUCGAGGGAGUUGAGAUGAAGAAGAAAGAUGAGGUCAUUGCUGAGAAGGAGAGUGUGAAGGAAUUUGAGGCUAAGAGUCUAAGGCAGCUGAAGAAGCUGCUGAAAAAACAACUGAACAUCGGGGACAGUAAGGACACCAAGGUGGCAGAGAAGCCAAGAAUUGCCCUGAGCGAAGUACCAGAGAACCAAAUGGCUGUCAAGGAAAACUGAAUACAGAGAGUAAUAGCUUUUGUUGAAAGGGUGAGCUUCAAGGUAUUGGGGGUUCAAACCUGGGUUUGCCCUGCUUAGAUUUUCUUGUUGUUCUUUCUUUUCAUGUUCAAAUGGGCAAGUCUUUCGACAUUGUUCAAUUUCAGUCAUAAUGGUGGCAAGCUACUUGAGUAAUAAUGUAGUAAGUUCACUGAUGGUGGCUUGGAAGUUGUUAUACAUGUCAAUUUUGCUUAUUGAUAAUACUAUCAAAUUUUACAC